GCACAGCACAUGUGACAUGUUACACAAAAAUGGAGGCUAUCUUAGUUAGUAAGACGACAGCAAUUUCGCCCAUAUGGAAGUUUUUUGGAUUCAAGCCAAAUGAGAAAGGUGAACCUAAAGACGUCAACCAGCCGAUAUGUCGGCUUUGUAGAAGGAUGAUUCCGGUGAAGGAUUCCCAGACAACAAAUGUACACGGUCAUUUGAGAGUGCAUCACCCGGCAGAUCAUGCUUCUUUAGCGCCACGUGCCGCGGCCUCCGCUGCUGCUACAACCUCGCAGCAGCCCUCCAUCCUGGGCGCCUUCUCAAGGGGAACCAAAUACAAGCGAGACAGCCUUCGAUGGAAGCAGUGUACCACAGCUGUGACCCGGUAUUUGUGUAAAGAAAUGGUGUCCUUCAAGACGGUGGAGAAGACCACCUUCAAAGAAAUGCUGGCAACGCUGGACAAGCAGUAUGAGUUGCCUACGCUCAAAUACUUUUCCCAAACUGCCAUCCCCAAUAUAUACAAUGAAACCAGAGUGUCGGUUGUCACCGAAUUAAAAUCGGAAUCGGCAAUGAAGGAAUUAAAAUCCUUCAUUGCCCUGACCUCAGACAUGUGGUCAUCCGUGAACAUGACGCCAUACAUGUCUCUCACAGCCCAUUAUAUAAGCAAAGACUGGCAACUGGAGGCGAAGUGUUUGGCCACAUCCUUCGUCCCAGAAAAUCAAACGAAAGAUGUGCUGGCAGACGCCCUCAAAGUCGGCGCUCAAGAGUGGGGCAUAGAGGAAGAGAAAAUAUCCUGCAUCACAACCGACAAUGGUGCAAACAUUAUUGCAGCCGUCCGGGAGCUCAAAUGGCCCUGGUUGAACUGCUUUGGACAUAAUUUGAAUGUGGCCAUAAACAAUGCACUUGACGGAGAAAAGGGUCGCACUAGUCGUGCGUUUGGGGUCUGCCGGGCAAUCAACGUGCCUUUUCGCAUAGUUGGCAACGGAAACGGGAGCUGAGCAAAGCCCAGGAUGAGCUCCAACUCCCCAACCAUGCUUUGAUUACGGACUGUGCAACACGUUGGGGUUCGAAGCAGAAGAUGGCAGAGAGGAUACUGGAACAGGCCGCAGCAAUCAAGAGGGUUUUCGCAAAUGACAGAAGCCGCCGUCCCCUGCCAAACCUGACAUGGCAAGAUGAAGCUGUGCUGGAGGCAGUGAACAAAGCUUUAAAACCUCUUUCUGACUUUAAGGACAUACUGUCUGGCGAAAACCAUGUGACAGUCUCUUCCUUGCUGCCCACGCUACAAUUAUUGAAAGACAACGUCUUGAAGGAAGACGACGAUGACGUCCGGAUGACGUCCGUCAUUAAAAGCGGGGUGCUGCGGGAACUAGAUAACAAAUACGACAAUGAAGCGUCAUUAAAAUUAAUGUGCUUAUCUGCUCUCCUCGACCCCCGCUACAAGGGCGACCAUAUCGAUGCCGUUUCCCUCGACAGCACGAGAGUUCGAUUGGAGUCAGAGAUGGUAUCAUUCUGCAGGAGGCAGACCACCGGACAGGUAAGGGUCAGAGUGGAGGAUGUUGAGACGGAGCAGCCAGUGGCACCUAUUCCACCACCACCACCACCUAAGAAAAUAAAACCUUCCCUGGGUAGCCUUUUGAGAAAGGCGAAGCAACCUGUGACACUCACUGAGGGGCAAACGCAGAAGUAACAGCCUACCUGCAAGAAGAUGCACUGGAUGGGGACAGUGACCCACUCGCAUGGUGGAAGGCAAACGAGAACCGCUUUCCGUUAAUGGCCAAGAUUGCGAGUAAAUAUCUUUGUGUAUGCGCUACUAGUUCACCUUCAGAGUGUGUAUUUAGCACUGCAGGCAACGUUGUCACGCCACUGAGGAGCUUGUUGAAGCCAGAAAAGGUGAAUAUGCUGGUGUUCUUGUCCAGAAACCUGUAGGCUAUGCACACACUUUAAAAUGUGUAUUUAUUAUUAGGCUUUUAGGCAUACAUUUGGAUUAUUUCGUUCCUCUGAAUCCAAAUUAGGUUUUCUUUCGAUUGGUUCUACAGUCUGCAAUAGUCCUAGCAAAUGUUGUGCCCAUUUUUAUUUUAUUUGCUCUGAAAUAAUUUAUUUUCAUUUUUUAAUUUGCGAAAUGGACACUUAGACUUCAUUUUAAAUUGUAUUUAUUAUUAUGCUUUUAGGCCUACUUGCACUGAACAAUACAAUUGGACUAUUAUUGUUUGUCAGCUAAAGCUUGUAAACAUUGGAUUAUUUCGUUCCUUUGAAUCCAAAUUUCGUUUUCUUUCGACUGCGUUAUGCAGUCUGCAAUAGGCCUAUAGACAAUUUUGUGCCCAUUUCUAUUUUAUUUGCUCUGCAAGCAUUUUUUCGUUUCGUUCUAAAAGAGUUUUGUGUUCUUUAAAAGAAUGAGUGUUAUGUUCAAUACUCAGUUAUAAUUGUUCUUUUAAAAGCGUUUUGUAAGUGGGCCUACAUAUAUAGCCUACUUUGAAACGAAUGUCUUAUUAUUCUGUUCCAAAUAAACCCGGCAACCUUUUGACUUGGAUGUUUGUGAAUGUCAAUGGGACUGUCUUAUGCACACCGACAUAAUUAUAUGAAAUUGUCUCUUCUAAUAUUUCAUUAGUUUGAUCAUAUAGCCUGAUAUCAUAAACCUAAACAUUUCAAAAAUAUAUACAUCGCCCCGUAAGCUGUGCGCGCAGCCUUUGCCAUUGUGCUGCAGGGUAGGCUAAUAUGGUGAAAGAAAACACAGGCUUUGAGUAUAGUUACACAUAUCAGUGUUUCCCUUACAAAUGAGAAUGAAUUGUGAAACAUUUUCCCCUGCUCAAGCAGAUUUCUUUCUAUUUAAUUCUUCUUUUCAAAGUUUUUCAAAGUGACAUGUGCAGCGGGAUGUGAUGUCAUUUCGCCGUGCGAGCAGAUCGGUAGGUUUCGAGCCCCUCCCCUCUCCUCGUAGCAGUGAGUGAAUACGGCAGGUCAGCGCUACAUAGUGUGUUUCCACCUGUGCCAGAUAACUUCAAUUACAAUUUGCGGGGCUCCACAGGGCCAUUUUUCAAUUUUUAAUUUUUUUAUUAUUAAUAAAAUUAUCGCCUUUUUAUCGGCAACUUGAGACGAUCGACGAUGGA